CUCGGUUUGCAGGCAGAGCCAACUUCAGCUGGAGUUUAGUGAUGGUCACAUGACGAUGUUGUGGGUAUAUUUACUCCAAAUGUCUCAGCGUGUUCGCUUCUACAGAGCUCUGCAGCACCGAGACAGAGAGUAUAUAUGUGUGUGUGCAUGGUGCAUUUCACUCUACAUGCACAUUUAUUUCAUGCACAUUGACAGCUGAGGAAAAAGCCUGGAGUUACAGAGUCUGGAAGCAACUUUUUGAGGGGAAUUAUGAGAAACGUGGAGCUGUGAUUUGUAUUUUUUCAUUUGACAGCUGACAAGUCAGGAGGAGAUGGAGAACAAGGCGAUGUAUCUGAGCACGUAUGAGGAGAGAGAGAGCGGCUCCAUGUAUGAAGAGGCCUACGAUGGACAUAACUUGUCCAAACUCAACCUGUGUGAUGGAGGUUCUGGUAAGCGUCGCAGGAAGCAGGAUCAGUGCUGUUCUCACCUGAACUCCCUCUCAGCCAUCAAGUACGCCAUCGUCUCCCUCUACAUCCUGGUUCUUCUCACCAUCUUCGGACUCUGCCUGGCAGUCUCUCGUUCCCAGGUGUCUUCACAGCGGCAGGAGGUGCUGAUGGAGAAUGUGACCCGGAUGUCGGAGCGCUCUCGGCUGAUCCAGCAGACCCUGGGCGAGGCGUCCACUCAGGCUGACCUGCUGGAGAACAUCUGGAAACUGGAGAAUCUCUUCCAGAACCACAGCGACUGGCUGCAGAGGCUGGAGAUCCUCAUCAAGGGCCUGGAGGUGGAGCUGAGGAGCAUCCAGGCUCACUCCCUUCAGUCAGAGGGCUACCUGGUGCAGUUGGACGACAGGUUGUCCUCCCUGAGCAGCUCCACCGGCAGGAACCUGACGGGCCUGAUUGCGGAGGUGUCCCGCACCUCCAUCUGGCUCCACGACCAGGACCUCCUGUUCAGGGAAACCUCAGGACAGGUGAGCGGGCUGAGAGAGAAACUGGACGAGGUCAAUUGGACGGUGGGAGCUGUCAAUCAUACCUUCAGCAAUGACAUCAGCAUUCACCACCUGAAGAUACAAGACCUGCAGAUCCAGAUCAGCAACAUAACAGAGGACACCAGCAGUCUGUGGGUGACCCACGUCCACACGGAGGCCCAGCUGAGGAACGAGAUGGAGAUCCUCAACACAAUCACGGAGGACCUCCGCCUGAAGGACUGGGAGCACUCUCUGGCCAUGAAGAACUUCACCAUAUUCGAAGGUCCUCCAGGGCCAAAGGGAGAGAUGGGUGAUACUGGAGCACUGGGGCCCCCCGGAGCUCCUGGGUUGACAGGAUUGAGAGGGUUUACAGGAGAAAAAGGGAUCCAGGGCAACCGAGGAAUUAAAGGGUCUGUCGGAGUCGAAGGUUUACAGGGAGAAAAAGGAGACGUUGGACCAGCUGGUCCCAGAGGCGACCGAGGAGAAAGAGGGUUUAAGGGAGAGAAGGGGGAUCGAGGAGACCGAGGAGAGAAAACAGUGGAGGAGACCCUGGUGCGGCUGGUGAACGGGUCAGGUCUUCACGAAGGUCGUGUGGAGGUUUUCCACGAACGCCGCUGGGGGACGGUGUGUGACGACGUCUGGGACAAAAAGGACGGAGACGUGGUGUGUAGGAUGCUGGGAUACCGAGGAGCCGCCGAGGUCCAUAAGACGGGACGCUUCGGACAAGGUACUGGUCUGAUCUGGAUGGACGACGUAGCGUGCGCAGGGACCGAAGACACCAUCCACCAGUGUAAGUUUUCUGGCUGGGGAAAAACCAACUGCGGCCACGUGGAGGAUGCUGGUGUGACGUGCAUCGUCUAAAACCUUCAUGAUCCUGGUACUGCUGCAGCGGCCGAGCUUCUCCUCAAACGGUGCCUUCAACGUUUAAGAAGCUACAAGGUGCAUAACGUCCUGCCACAUCGUCCGGGGUGUCACAGUAGCAGUAUGUUGUUUUUUACCUGCAAAAAAAAAAGUGACAAACCUCCAUGUUGUGCAUGAACUAAAUCUGCAGCUUUUUUUGUUAGAAGUUCGUGAUUAAUGAUCGUUUUAGCUACAAGACUGAAUCAUGGGAGCUAAGAAAAUGCACACAUUUUCAAACUUUGAGCAACCAUAUGAGCUGGGGAUGAUCGCACGACAGGACUCUUCAUCAGGACUGAAUUACAGAGCUCACCUGUCUUCAAUGAAGGCCCAAGGUCAGCUUUCAGAGGGUCCGUCUGUCCUCAGAGGCUCGUCUGGGGGCAGGUUUGCUGUUUUGACCUCCAGUGUGGAUUAGAAACUAAUCCAACAACUUCAUAAUCCCAGAGUCUUCCUUCGUCUAUCAAGUUUCUGAGGAGCUGAAACGGCACAUAAAGAAACUGAUUCUUCAUUUACAGGCAGCUGCUCUUCACAUUAUUAUGCAGGAAUGGCUUUUGAGUGAUGCUAAACAUACACAGUGUUGCCUUAUUAUACAUCAUAUAGCAUUACCUACAGUAGUAAGCACUCAUUUGUUGAUUAGCAGGUCGAAAACUGGACUAAAUUUGGGCUGAAAUUUAAUUUUUUCAACUACUUUUAAAGCUUCUGUGUGGAGUUUUAUGUAAACAUUCAAAGUUACUCACCAAAACACAUUGUGUGUAUCCUUGAGAUCUAACAAAUGAGUUGAGUACAUUAACUUCCUCCUAAAACCUGUGCAAAGACUUUUUUGAAAUAUUUUUAAUCAUGCAUUGUUUACAUCCAUGUUUGCUAGCUAGCUGUCUUUCUACGUUUUUCUGUGCAUUACUGCCGAAGCACCCGAUUCGACGAUUAUCAGCUCAUUAAAUGUACGUUAUUAGUCGUUAUGAGCCUCAUAGAUGUGGGUCAGUUUGGGCCUGCUACACCUACUACAUUGUAAAAGUGAAAGCAAAACUUAAAAGCAACAUUUCUGACAUUA